AUGUCAACCACUAAAGCGCAUCGAAUCAUUGUUGUCACUGGUGCCACGGGUCACCAAGGCAAGGGCACUAUUCGCGCUCUGCUAGCCUCUGGUGAGGACUGGCACAUCCGUGCCCUGACGCGAGACGUGAGCUCUCCCUGGGCCAAAGCACUCCUUGAUGAAAGCACCAACGAUGUUAAGGCAGGCCGCCUCAGCUUAACUCAGGGCAACACUUAUGACCUGAGUAGUCUGCGAUCGGCGUUCGCUGGAGCUUAUGGUGUUUUCGCCGUCACUUCGGAGACCGGCACUGGUCGGGUCUUGGUCGAGGAGGCCGAGAUGGCCCACGAGAUUGAGGCGGGUCGCAACAUGGUCUUAGCUUCAAAAGAAGCUGGCGUCAAGCACUUCGUCUUCAGUAGCCUACCUGAUAUGGAUAAGACAACUAACGGGCAGUUCCUCGGAAUUCAUCAUAUGAAUAACAAGCAUGCCAUCGAGGAGAUUGCAAAGGAGCACUUGACCGGCGUGACUUGUCUUAUUCCUGGCUUCUUUUAUACAAAUAUGAGAUGGCCUCAUUACAGUCAGCGUCUAUCUGAUGGUGUGGUUGAGUUCCGUACCGCCAUUCCCAGCAAACAGGUUGCUCAGUGGACCGACCCAAUCUACGACAUGGGCAAUUUUGCCGCAAAGGUUUUUGAGUUGGGAGUUGACAAGACCGCUGGCAAGACAUAUCUCGUCUUGAGCGAGCCCAUUACCCCCGAGGAAAUGGCCCAGAUAUUUACCAAAGUUACUGGUCAGCCUGCAAUUCAUAAUCCUAUCAGCCCGGAAAGGUUUGGCGAGUUGACAGCCCCCUUCAUCGGCCCUGCCUUCAAAUUGGAUGCACAAAAGAUGAUGGAAUGGGCCUCUGUGGUACCAGCGGACAAGGUCUGCUUUGGAGCUAUGGACUAUGAGAAGAUGAAUGACACUUUCGAGGAGCUUGGGCUAAAGGCCAGCACUUUCGAGGAUUGGCUCCAACGCAGCGGGUGGAAUGGACCCGAGUGA